GAAAGCCGCCCCACCUUCCCUUCAGGGAUCUCUACGAUCUCCGCUGACCGCCCUGCCCCGCCCUGCCUACCUUCCUCCUCUUCUUUCGUCGCCUUCAACGAAGACCAAAUCGAGAAGAGGAAGGAGCAGCGGAGCGGAGGAUCGGCGAUUAGAUCCACAAAUUCAAAUUGAGCAGCACUCGGAAACAGGAUUUGAUUUUUUCUACCCGAUUCCGUCGAUCUAAUCGUUUCCAUGGCGCUUCCAAUCUCACAUCACAUCGGAGCGGAGCAUCCUUCUCUCGCCGGAGCUGUCAAGUUUACCGUCGGCAGCAGAGCGUCCGUGUCUGCUGGCAGAUCGGCUCCUGUGGCUGCCAAAUUGAACCACAACAAGCAACAGCGGCGCAAAAACGAGGUGGCCUCGCCGUUCGAGAUGGCCGACGACAUUGCCUCCCGCCUGGGCCACGACAUCACCGUUGCGCACCUCGAGCGACUAUUCAGUAAGCAGGCGGCUGGCGGAUCCUCGCCGCCGCCUGACGGAGACCCCUUCGGUCGCCUCCCGGCACGCGUCGCCUACCAGGGCCCCCCUGGAUCUUACUGCCAGGAGGCCGCCGCCCGUGCCUUCCCCUCCUCCGCCGCCGCGACCCUCCUCCCCUGCUUCCAGAUGGAGGACGCCUUCGCCGCCCUCGAGGACCUCUCCGCCGACCGCGCCGUCAUCCCCGCCGAGAACUCCCUCGACGGACCCAUCGACCGGAACCUCGACCUCCUCCUCCGCCACCCCGGCGUCCGCAUCCUCGGCGAACUAGUCCUCCCCGUCAACCACUGCCUCCUCUCCCUCCCCGGCGCCCCCAAAUCCGCCCUCCGCCGCGUGGUAAGCCACCCGCAGGCGCUCUCCCACUGCCGUCGGAGCCUGGAAGUGCUCAAUCUCGAAGUCAACGAGGUCGCCAGCGCUGCCGACGCCGCCCGCUUCGUGGCGGAGAACCGCGUCACCGACACAGCGGUGAUCGGUAGCCGGAUAGCCGCAUGCGAGUUUGGCCUGCGGGUGCUGGAUCCCAAUUUCCAGGACCGCCAACUGGGCGGUAACUUCAAUCGAUUCCUCAACCUCGGACUCUCCUCCGCCGCAACGGCGUCCUCCGCCACGGCGGAGCACAAGACCACCUUAGCCUUCGCGCUCCACGGGGGACCGUCAGAUCUGUUCUCGGCGAUGUGGAUCUUCGAGAGCCACGGCGUGAGGGUGGCGCGCGUCGACCACCGGCCGAACCGCAAGAGGCCGCUCCGCAUAGUGGACCGUGCCGGAGGGAAGGUGGCGUACCUGGACUACGUCUUCGUGAUGGAUGUGGAAGGGAGCACAUCGGACGCCGCCGUGAAGGCCGCGAUCGCACGCUUGACGGAGAUCGCCGCUUUCGCACGUGUGCUCGGUAGCUACACCAGCACGUGCCACUCACGUUGACGUGUCAAAUUAAUUUUACCUCCACGCGUAUAGAGUUCGAACCGCAAAUACGCGUCGUCUGUCAUACAUGUAUAGAAACGGAAUAUACUACACCCGGCCAAAGAAAGAAAGAGGGCAAUUAUCACCUUAUAUUCCAAAAUGUAUUAUAAUCAGGUCCUUUAAUUAUUCAGGACAAUAGUAAUUUUUUUAUUAUAAAAU